GGUCGACACAAAACACGAUAUUUUGGGAAAACUGCGCGCGUUAACCAAAGAUCUUCGGCCACAACAAACGAUCAAAGAUGAAAGUAAUUCGAUGAUAGAAAAACUUGAUGAUGUUGUACCUAAAGGACAGAUCGUAAAGACAUGGGAUAAUCCUAAGGACGAUCUUGGAGAUGACGACGAAGGAGAUGCAGAUAAUGCUCACGAAUACCACGUGUUUGGUAAAAAGGGCGAUUCCAACGAAGCACACGACCAUCGACGGAGGAAACAUAGGGUGAAUAUACAUAGGGAUAAUGAAGAAGAAAUUAUACAGGAACUGGAGGACGAAUGUCUAGAGUACCAACGCCAAAAGAAGUUGGCCAUAAAACAUGGACGCAGUCCUGGGGAUGUUCCUCCUCCUAGUGUUAAUUGUGAGAUGAUGGAAAAAACAGUCCGAAAGAGAGGGAGAGAUAAGCGAUUAGCGAAAAUCAACCCUGGAGUUUGGGAUAAAGGAAUUGUGCCAUAUUUGUUUGAUAAUGAAACAUUGUCAGAUAGAAAAGAGCAGUUAGGUCGAAUACGAGCUCAAAACCAUUUUGAAUACUGGACAUGUAUACGAUUUAUUCCUUAUACAAAUACAACACAGCGGGAGUACGGUUUGAACCACAACACUUAUCUUCAUCAUGUUAGAAAAAGAGGUUGUUGGUCCUUCAUUGGAAAAUUAAGGAAGAACCAAAGCAUCAAUUGCUGUUCAAACGAUGUUUGUAUUCAUGAGUUGGGCCAUGCUUUUGGGUUGGAACAUGAACAAGCUAACCCUUUGCAUGAUAUCUAUAUGGGUGUACAUUACAACAAUAUUCAGAAGGAUUACCAAGAUCAAUAUUAUGAACAGAAUAUCAAGCGUAUCAGAUUGUUUGGAUAUUAUGAUUUAUCAUCUGCAAUGCACUACCCAUUAUCUGGCUUCUCAAAUGGUGGCAGAACAAUGACAAUAUUUGAUCCAGAAUUGGAAUACCUAGUCAAGAAAACGGACCCUUACCAAUAUUAUUUGUUCAGUGAGGUGUCGCAAAUUAUGGAUUGUCAAGGCCUGAGGUGUAGCAGUUUUUCUCUGUCCUGUACAAACUCCGGUUAUCCUGCUGUAAUUAAGGACAAGUGCACUUGUCGCUGUCCAGAGGGUCUUGACCCAUCUACCGGAUGUCGAACACGUUAUGAUGGAGAUCGAAUGAUUUCAACCAAAUGGCCGUCCGACUCUUUCACCAUCUUAAGUACGAAGAUAACUGGCUGUCCACAUGGAUUUUAUGAAGGCAGAUUAACACAACACCAUAAAAAAAUCCAAAUGGAACACACAAGUGCUAUAUUAAGUGCAGCCAUCAUUUCAAAACGGACCUCUACUUUUUACAAGUUUUGUACUAAGAAGAAAACAGAGAAAAAUGGAAUUUCACCAAGUUGGCCUGCAGGAAAAUAUUGUGUCUACCGCCAUGGAGGGAUUUGUCCCAUUGGAUUCAGUAUGGGAUAUAUACAUUACGACGACACCAUGAAUCCAUCGGAUAUCUUCGGGAUUCUUCCUGAUGGCCAAUUCCUCAAUGAUACCAGGUUCUAUUUCUGUUGCCGCAGUGACGGAUCUACUUCCAGUCCGGUGAUCCUACCCUCAAAGGAGCCUUUUAUCUUGUUUCCUGAAACCUCUACUUGCCAGCAAGUAGCAGGAAUGGGCGCAAGCAAGCAGUAUUUGAGAAUCAAAAAUGAAAAAGAUCUUUUGCAUACAUCUGGGAAUAUACCUUAUCUGAGCAUCUCGUAUUCAACCACUUAUAAACUCUCUUUUUGCUACUAUUCUCCGACAGAUUUUCAUGAAACUAAUUCUUACUCAAGAUGGCCAAAAGAGCCAUUUGCAAUGAUUCAAUCCGCUACUGGUUGCCCUAAAGGCUUUGAAUCUGGUCAGUUUUCAGAAUAUUCUUACCACACCUCGGUCCCGUCUGAUACUUUCUCAGCACUACAGUCUGAGGGACAAACUUUACGUUACCAAUUCUGUACAAAGACCCAGACUACCCCAAUCGGAGACCACGCCCAGUGGGGUCCAGGGUCGUACUGUUUUCUCCGAGUCGGAGGGAAAUGUCCUGAUGAAUUCUCUGAAGGCUCCAUUGCUUUGGUUGAUGGUCAACCACCAGACAAAUUUACUGGUUCCCUUCCUGAUGGUUCCUUUGAUGAUCACGUGACCUUGUACUUUUGUUGUCGAUCUGAUGGAUUUACCAGAAACCCGCUUCAAGUACCAAACACUGAACCAUUUAUUCUGUUUAAAGAAUCUUCUUCUUGUCAGAAGGUUGAAGAUAUGAGCUUUGAAGAGGAGACAUACACUGCAGGAACAAAGUUUAAAGCUCCAGCGAAAUCUGGACACACUCCAAAAAUACACGUAAAUUAUUACAAGAAGACGUAUUUCUUCAUUUGUUACUACUAUCCAACAAAAUAUGACUGCGGAAAGAAGAUACACUUGAGCAAAGAUGGACAGACAACUACAAAUAUAACGAGUCCAGAACACCCGAAUGCCUACCCCAAAGGAAGAAACUGUUUCUGGAAUAUCAUCGCACCAGAUGAUUUCAAGUUAAAGCUUGAUUUUAAUGAUUUCGACAUAGCAGCUAAAACAGAUGGAACUUGCGUCGAUAGACUAGAAGUCAGACAUUCACUCCCGGGUCAGUUUGGACUGAGCUACUGCGGAGAUAGAUUCUCUAUGACGGUUAUCUCUGAGGAAAAUCAGCUAGGCUUGACCUUUCAGUCUGGAUUAAAGCAAACUGGACGGGGGUUCUCAGCGACAAUUUCACUGCUGGAACCAAAUGAUCCCAAUUUCUGUUACACCAACAAUGGAGAAAAUUACAGGGGAACGGUUGAUAUCACUCAACGUUUCGAUAAAUGUUUACCCUGGUCGGAAGUCAAACACUGUCUUAGUAAUACUUAUAAUCCGAUGGAUCUAGAUGACGAUCUGCUUGGUAACUAUUGUCGUAAUCCUGGUCACGGCACCAGACCUUGGUGUAUUACUAACAAGUUUAUGUGUACUCGAGAUUACUGUGAUGUGUGUGGAAUCGAAAAAUGCUAUGAUAUAUUCGACGAUUGUGCAGAGAGAACAGUGGAUAUAUCUAACUGUGAACAUGACCCAGAACUCAAACGAGGCUGCAGAAUGACGUGCAAUAUGUGUAAUCGACAAGCACAAAAUGGAGUUGGAUCAGUGAGGUGUUCAAAGCCAACCAUCCCAUCCGACUCAGUUAGCGAGGUAUUGAAAGAAACAUAUUUUGUUGAUGAAAUGGUAGUACUAACAUGCAGAACGAAUGACUUUGAAAAACAAACAAUUGUUUGUCUAGCUGAUGGAUCUUGGUCAAAUGCUGGAUUUGUUUGUGGACGUUGUAAAACAGGAUGGACACCAUUCCAGAGACAAUGCUUUAAGGCUUUUGAAGAAGAAGUAGACCGUAGCACUGCAGUUAAGCGUUGCGCGGAUGAAAAUAAUGCAACACUGGUGUCCAGUAAAAAUAUCAAAGAGAAUACUUUUCUGAUGAGUUUAGUACAAAAUGGUGUCAGUUUUUGGAUUGGUCUUGAAAAUGGAGCUUGGUCAGAUGGAGGAAAAGUGCAAUGGACGAACUAUAGAAGUGGUUCUGGGAGAAGUUGUGCCUACAUAUCAGAUAGAGAUGGAAAAUGGCGAGGGAUAUCCUGUGGGUCAGCAUUCUAUAUAUCUUUUGUUUGCUCCUAUUCACCACAAGGGCGGACUUUGUGUAAAGAUGCUUCACCAAAUUGCAACAAAUACCUCACAAUGGAUCCAAGAGCAUGUGAAAAUGAUGAUUUCGUUUGGCACACCUGUCCCAGCACUUGUGGAUACUGUGAUUAUAUACAAGGUAACUGCAUUGUACCGAGUUUACCGACAGAAAGCAACACUGAAGUCGUCACAACUGUUGGUUCUCUUGGCAUAGGAGACGUGUUAGAAUACAGAUGUAAAUUUGAAUUUUCUCAUGCCGGCGGAAAUCUCUAUAGAGCAUGUCAAAGAAGUGGGACAUUUACCGGUUCACAGCCGUUAUGUAAAGCUUCUAACACAGUCCCUGAGCCUAGCAACGACGCCCCAUUGCUACAAUUCCGCCAGCAACUUUACACUAGAUAUUCUUACACUGGCCUGAAUGAAAAUAUGAGUAUCAGAAAAAGUGGAAAGAUUGUCAAAUGGCAGUUUUUCAGCGAGAUUAACGGCAUCGCAGCUCUGCAAGUAUUGAGACCAACUGAAACCAAUAACACGCAUACACUCAUUGGACAGAACGAAAUAUUGGAAACGUAUGUCGGCAGAAUUCGUACGUAUGAAGUUCCAGUCGAGGACCAAAUUGAGGUUAAAUCCGGGGACUUGAUUGGUAUUUUCCCUCUCAGUGCAAAGAUUCCUUAUGAAAGGUGCAACGGAGAAGAAGUAGGGGAUAAAUAUGGCUCAACCCAGAUGUCGGUGAUCAAAAAGUAUUCCACUGCUGGUUGGACUAUUUCGUCUAAUUACACUUUUAAGGUUGUUAAAAAUCACUGCAGAAUCAUUCCCAUCGCUGCCUUCAUUCAGUAGAUACAUGUUAUUUCUUCAUUCAGUGGAUAAAAACAGGCGAAGUGUUGUUGUCUCUCGGCCUUUCUUUCCUCCUGUCAUGUGACAGUUUUUUUUUAAAUAUUAAAGUGAAAAUCCCUACCGUAUUUAUUGGUUAAAUAAAUGUAAUUUUUAAAAAGGUCUUUUUAAUUGUAAAAAUUAAUAAUAUGUAAGAUAAUUCAUUAUUUCGUC